CCAAUCCAAGAUUUCUUCGCGAACUACCCUGAUUUCGAGUACAACUCGAAGGCACCUUUCCUCAGCGAGUUCAAACGGAUGGGCAAGGACUUGGGUUGGAAAACAAAAGAGCGAGAGGCAGCGAUGGACGAUCUGCGCGAUGCAAUGGUCAAGCAGUUCAACGCCAUGUACGGAACCAGGGUGGACGCCCUCGAGUCUUGGCGACUACUAUGUUCCGCUCUGGGAAUGAAUCCCGCCCCGAAAGAUAUCAAGAAAUGCCACAGGGUGAUAAUUUCGGCGCAUGUCAACCUGGUCGAUCUCAUCGAGGCGCCACUUUCGGGGCAGUCUGUCCAGACGUUCGACUCGGAGAUAGAGCUGAGCGCAUACACGAAACCUUUGAGGAAGUAUUUCCCCCGGAACAACGUGAACACGGGAAGCCUUCUGCGAUACUUGCUCCGCCAGAUCAAGAAACCGCACCCUCGCCGCCGCCGUGGUGAUGGGAAGUCUCCCCGGAAGGCCACUGCCGGUAAGGCGACAACACUGCCGACGUAA